AUGCGCAACGCCCAGGCUGGGGGGUGGAGAAGCGUGCACUCAGGCGAGGGCUCGCUCCCUACUCCACCAGCAAUCGCGGCUCUCGAGAACGCCGCGCAGAGUGCGGAAGCGAGGUCAUGGAUCGAAAAGUUCAAAGCACGAGAGAUACCCAAAGGCGCCGUCGAGUUUACCUAUUCCAGGAGUUCAGGGCCCGGAGGGCAGAACGUCAACAAGGUCAACACGAAAGCCACUCUACGUUGUCCUAUUGACGCACCGUGGAUACCCCUGUGGGCUCGCGAUCAUAUCAAGAGGACGCCUGCGUACGUCUCGUCAUCCCAAUCGAUACUAUUGACAUCGACUGUCUUUCGAUCACAAGCCCAAAAUGUGCACGAUUGUCUGUCCAAGCUACACGCCUUGAUUGUUUCCGCUGCAUCAUCAGGACUAGUCAACGAACCUUCACAGGAGCAAAGAGAGCGUGUUCGGCAGCUCGAGAGAGCUGACAAGGCACGUAGGCGACUCGAAAAGGACAAACGCAGAGAUGUGAAGCGGAGUCGUUCCAAUCGGGGUGAUUGGGAUUGA